AUGAAGUUCUCCCUCCUCAGUGCCAUUGCCCUCUUCGCGGCGGUGGCCACCGCUCAAACCAACAACACCAUCGCGGACAUCGACGGCCGCGGUCGAUCGCCCGAGGAGGAGGAUGAAAACGAAGGCAAUGCCGACAUCAACCGCGCUUGCCACCAGGAAAACGCCAACUAUAUCCCGUCCCUCAAGGCCGGAGAGUACUCGACCAGUGCGUUCCACAACUGCUUCCGCACCGUCGACCAAAUCAACGAGUUCAUCGAUACUUCGGUCGCCCAAAACCCGAACUUGCUGAGCAAGUUUGCCAUCUCCAAGACGUUCAAGGGGGCCACGAUUUACGGGUACAAGCUGACCAAGGGCAACUCGAAGUUGCUGUACUUUCAAGCCCUGCAACAUGCUCGCGAAUGGGUCGCGGGGUCGUCGAUUCUGUUUUCGUUCGCGUCAAUUCUGGAUGACAUUGCCAACAACAAACCCACGGCCGCCGACGAGUACGACUUGUACUUUGUGCCUGUCGUCGACGGCUAUGAGAUCUCAUGGGAAGAAGGCCAUCGGGCCCAGCGCAAGAAUGCCAACGAAGUCGACUUAACCCGCAACUGGCCAUCUUUCUACAGCGACCCCAAACGCCCUACCAAGGACGACGAGACGUACCCCGGUCCAUCUGUGUUCAGUGAUCCUGAAACCGCGGGAAUCAAUUACUUUCUCAUAUCCAAGCACAAAGAAAUCGAAGGGUACCUCGACAUUCACGCAUGGGUGGGGUCCGUCCUGUACCCUUACGCAGACAAUAUAGAACCCAUCGGCGACGGGUUUGACGAGAAGUUCGAAGUCCUCGCCCGUGGAUUGCAAAGCGUAAUGGGAGAGUACAAGACUGGACCGAGGCACACAUUGCGCUUGUUGUGGUGGGCGACUUAA